AUGCCUUCCAUCUCUACUAUCAUCUUUGGCCCCACCGGCCACGUCGGCUCUGCCGCAGCACUUUUCGCGCAACAACACGGUGCAAAAGUGACCCUUGCUCUGCGUGACACCGAAAAGCUCGUUCCAGGCCUCACUUUGGAGCAGGAAAAGGCAGCGGGCUUCGAAAGGGUCCAAGCUGAUCUCACCAAUCCUGAAACGGUUCAUGCUGCCGUCCGAACGACUGGAGCCAAGCGGGCCUUCAUAUACCUUGUGCACGGCACAACAGACCACAUGAGGCAAACUAUCAAAGCUCUAAAGGCCUCUGGUAUUGAGCUUGUUGUCUUUCUGAGCAGCAUUAGCGUUCACGGUGACAUUAGAAACAUAACGCCGACAGACUUCAUCGCGUACGCCCAUGCACAGGUCGAGGUCAACCUUGACGAAGUCUUUGGCAGUGACGGCUACAUAGCGAUUCGGCCGGCAUAUUUUAGCACCAAUGCGUGUUGGUGGGCGGGUAUGAUUCGCGAAGGAGAGGUGAAAAUCGUGUAUCCCGAUUCUAAACUCGACUGGAUUUCGCCCGAAGACAUUGGUAGGGUGGCCGGAACGCUGCUUGUCAAAGGGAUGCAGACGAGCGAAGGUGCCGAAGAACGCAACUCGAUCUCUCUCUGUGGACCAAAGCUGGUAUCCCAGAGAGACGCCGUGGGCAUAUUUGGCAAGGCGCUUGGCAAAGAUAUCAAGGUCACCGAAUUGGAUGAGAAGGAAGGGGUGGAAAACCUGUUGAAGAUUGGUAUACCAGAGUUUGUGGCUGGGAGGUUGGUUCAGUCGUUGAGGCCGAAGAGUAUGCGCGGUGAUGAAUUUGACCCGUUCGAAGGAGAGACGUACGAACAGGCAGCCACUAAUCUUCGAAAGUACGCGGGCCGGGCCUCAAGCUUGGAAGAGUGGACCGAGACAAACAAGGAGGUUUUCAUUUCCUAG